AUGAGUGAUCAAACAAACAGGCAUUCACUUUCUAUUCGAUCUACAGACUCGGAAAGCGCUGAAGAAAAGAACUCUGCAACACUUACUACUUUUGCAGCUACUGAGAUUCCAGAAAAAACACACCCAAUUUCUGACUUUAAAGAAAUUCAUGAUGUUGAAGGAAAGGAAUUACGACUUGAGGAUCGUUUUGUUGUAAAUUUUUACAAUACAGCAAAUAAUUCCGAAGUUGAAAUACGCGAUAAUACUGAAACUUCAAAUACAGGCUUAUCUAAAAGUACUAGAAAUGUUAAUUAUCGAACCAACUCAGGCACCUCCGAUGUUAACAAAGGAUGUUUAAGUCGACUAAAACCUUCUCCACAAACUUUAUCAACUAUAAUUAUCCCUAUUGUUAUAGUUUUACUGGGUAUUAUUAUGGGCAUAGCCGUCUUUUUCGUAAUAUUAGGUCAAGAAC